AUGCAGCAAGAACCACCCCGCAAACGCACCGCCGAACACCCCCCCACAUCCUCGUCGACUCCACAACUAGACUACGGCUCCAUCUCGCCCGCUCGCGAUCAGCCCUCCACCACCAAAGCCGCGUCCCGCGAAGCCGUCGCCGUCGAGCAGCGCGAGCACUCUCGAUGGCGCGCCGUCUGGGAGCGCUACGGCAGCGUGGAGCUUGAGAACAAGGGCAGUGUAGCUCGGGAUCAUUUAGCUCUGGGUACCCUCCUCCCUGCCUCACACUCUGGUGUAAGUCGGAAGUUGACAUCCUGGCUGCGCACAUCGCUCUCCUUCGCCUCCAUCGGCAUCGCCAUAACGCAGCUUUUCCGAUUGAAUACGAGCUUGGAGAAGACGCAUCAACAUCAACAUACCUCUCCAUCUUCCUCUCCCUCCACCCCUCCCUCAAACCAAUAUGACACGUCGCUCUCCCCACAAGCUCACCUGCGCCACUUGGGCAAACCGCUCGGCGCAACGUUCAUCGGGAUAAGCAUCGUGAUGCUGCUCAUUGGAUUUCACAGAUACUUCGAGGCGCAGCAUUAUGUGAUUCGCGGCAAGUUCCCUGCGAGUCGGGGCAGUAUUGUGGUGGUGAGCGUGAUUGCGGGCGCGUUGAUUUUGAGUAGUUUGAUUGUGAUUUUGGUUACGGCGCCGGCGGCGUUUGAGAACUGA